AAUGGUCAAUUUGAUGUCUCUCCCAUCUCUAAACGCGAAUUCUUUUCUUUUUAUUCCCGAUUUUUCAAGUUUUAAUUGAGUUUAUUUCACAUAAUGGGCGACCAAAACUCCGACGAUGAGAGCGGCUCGUCCGGCUCCAGUCGUAGUGGCAGCCGCAGUAGGAGCGGCACGCCGCAAGGCGGUAGUGCACCGGGAUCCCCCCGUAGUCGCAAGUCGGGCAGCGGCAGUGAUCGAUCUCGUUCGGGCUCCAGAUCAUCCCGUUCGCGUUCUGGCUCCGGUUCUCCUCGCAGUGCCAGAUCCGGAUCUGCUCAAAGCCAGAGGUCGGGCUCCGCACACAGUCGCAGGUCAGGAUCUGCCCGUAGCCGUAAAUCAGGGUCGCCAGGAUCCCCACAAAGUCAUAGAUCAAGAUCCCCUCAAAGUCGUAGAUCGGGAUCCCCACAAAGCCGUAGAUCAGGUUCUCCCCAAAGUCGGAGAUCAGGCUCGCCCCAAAGUCGCAGGUCAGGAUCUCCCCACAGCCAAAGAUCCGGAUCCGCUCGAAGUCGCAAAUCCGGCUCGGCUCACAGUGCUACAUCACGUUCCCGCUCGCGUAGUGGCACACCUAAGGGCAGUGGCAAUGAGGAGUCGCGGUCCAACUCGCCUAAUCUCCAGAUUGACGAUGAACGUGCCAACUCUAAAAGCGGCAGUCGCAGCCGGAGCAGAAGUGGAAGUCGCUCCUCCAGGUCGCGCUCCAAGACUGGAUCUCCCUCGCCCAACAGAAGUCGCAGUCGCAGUGGAUCCGGCUCCGGAAGCGAUAUUGGUGUGCCGAAAAAGAAGCCACGACGAGCGAGUGGCUCCGAUCAGGAAAAACAGAAAAGCGGCAGCGAUAGCGACAUGGAGGAGUCGCCCACCAAAGCGAAGAAAUCACGGCUUAUCGAUUCAGACAGCGAGUCCGACCAGGAAGAGGCCAAGAAAGCCCCCGCUGCUGCUGACAUAUUUGGCGAUGCCGACGAUAUCAGUGAUGAUGAAGAGGAGUCUGGGCCAGUCACCAGCAAGUCCCCAGCGCGUUCUAAGAGUCGCAGCAGGAGCAGGUCUCGAUCCCGCAGUCGUUCGAUGAGUCGAUCGCGUUCCCGGUCCAGAUCACGGUCACGGGAUAAAGUCGAGUCCCAGCUAGAGCCGGCACCCAAAGAGGAUGAGCCCGAGCCGCUUCCGGAGACCCGAAUCGAUGUGGAGAUUCCGCGCAUCUCCGCAGAUCUUGGAAAGGAGCAGCACUUUAUCAAACUGCCCAACUUCUUGUCGGUGGUCACUCAUCCCUUCGAUCCAGAGACCUACGAAGAUGAGAUAGACGAAGAGGAGACCAUGGAUGAGGAGGGAAGACAGCGCAUCAAGCUCAAGGUGAGCAACACGAUUCGCUGGCGAGAGUUCAUGAACAACAAGGGCGACAUGGUGCGCGAGUCCAAUGCGCGAUUCGUGCGCUGGUCCGACGGGAGCAUGUCCCUUCACUUGGGCAAUGAGAUCUUUGAUGCCUACAGGCAGCCGUUGCUAGGAGACCACAACCACCUGUUCAUCCGCCAGGGCACGGGUCUGCAAGGACAGUCCGUCUUCAGGACCAAGCUUACUUUCCGACCGCACUCUACUGAAUCGUUCACGCACAAGAAGAUGACGAUGUCGUUGGCCGAUCGGUCCAGCAAAACAAGUGGAAUCAAGAUCCUGACGCAAGUGGGCAAGGAUCCCACCACGGAUAGGCCUACGCAGCUCAAGGAGGAGGAGGCCAAGCUGCGCCAGGCGAUGCGCAACCAGCACAAGGCACAGCCCAAGAAGAAGAAAGCGGGCGCCGGUGAACCGCUUCUGGGUGGCGGCACUUCAUCCUACCAGCACGACGACGGCAGCGACGACGAGAAUGCCAUUAGCCUAAGUGCCAUCAAGAACCGGUACAAGAAGGGCUCUGGUGGGGGCCAGGCGGAGGUGAAGGCCUCCACGAUCUAUUCCUCGGAUGAGGACGAGGGCUCGGACUUCGAGGCACGUCGCAGCAAGAAGGUGGACAAGGCCAAGGCCAGCAAGGCGUUGCGCGAUUCAGACAGCGAGUCGGACGCGGGCAGCGCCAAGAGCGACAAGAGCGGCGGCGGAGGCAGCGGCAGCGACAACGAUGGCAGCCAAAAGAGUGGUGGCGGCAGCAGCAAGUCGGGCAGUGGAAGCGGUAGCGGCAGUGGCUCCGGCAGCGGAUCGGGAAGCGAUGAUUAGGCUAUCUAGUUUGUGUUGCUCGAGUCGGCCAUUAAAAUAAGUGAUUAAUUCUUUUGUGUUUAUCUUGAACUGAAGUGUUUAAUUAAAAGUGUGGUUCAAAAGCUUAAAAAAAUUGUUUAGCUUUAAUUUUUGAAGACUUUUUAGAUCUGCGCAAAUUUUUGUAUAUUGGGACAACGUACCUUUUCAAGCACAAAGUCCAAAAACAAACACUUAUUUAAAUAUUAGGAAGCAGAAAGUAACAUUUUAAGGUGAAAUGCAGAACCUUUUGAAAAUAAAAGAUGUUUACAAUGACGAAUAAACGUAAAAAAAAAACUUCAAACAAA